GCCCCGUAGCUCGCAGCCCACCUGAUUCCCGGCGGUUCCUCUGCCGCCCCCCGUGUCUGCUCCUACUGGCUAGCCGUUGGUUUUGCUUUUGAGACCCGCACCCUCUCGGGCACCUCUCAAACUUGGGAGUUUGGAGAAAGAAAUGCGCUGUGCCCUUUGGCUGCCGCGUAUCAAAGGACCAGUUGUUCCCAAGAGUGCCUGGCUGAAGCCAUAUGAUCUUAUCAACACAUUUGAGAGCCCUACCCAAACACUGAGAGAGAUUUUGCUGCAGCAAUGACUGUCAUAGAAGAAAGUCGCCCUUUUGCCCAGCAGCUAUCCAAUGUCUACUUUACUAUACUUUCACUUUUUUGUUUUAAACUUUUUGUGAAGAUCAGCCUCGCUAUACUUAGUCAUUUCUACAUUGUGAAAGGAAACCGUAAGGAAGCAGCAAGGAUAGCUGCUGAAUUUUACGGAGUUCCUCAAGGACAAGGUUCUUGGGCAGAUCGCUCACCUCUGCAUGAGGCAGCCAGUCAAGGACGUCUUCUUUCUCUAAAGACUUUAUUGUCACAGGGGUACAAUGUAGACACACUAACAAUUGACCAAGUAACUCCACUUCAUGAAGCCUGCCUGGGAGAUCAUGUAGGAUGUGCAAGAAUCCUUCUUGAAGCAGGAGCAAAUGUAAACGCUACAACAAUUGAUGGAGUGACACCUUUAUUUAAUGCAUGUUCGAGAGGCAGUGCAGCAUGUGCUGAGCUCCUGUUAGAGUAUGGUGCCAAAGCUCAGUGGGAGUCCUGUCUUCCGUCACCAACUCAUGAAGCAGCAAGCAGAGGUCACAGUGAAUGUCUGGAGGUACUGAUAUCCUGGGGUAUAGAUGUUGACCAAGAUCUUCCUCAUUUAGGAACACCUCUGUAUGUAGCAUGUGUUUCACAGCAGAUCCAUUGUAUUCGAAAGCUUCUUUAUGCAGGUGCCAAUGUGCAGAAAGGAAAGCAUUUGGAAACACCACUCCAUGCUGCUGCCCAGCAUUCUAGCACAGAGAUUGUAAACCUACUCCUUGAAUUUGGGGCAGACAUAAAUGCCAAAAAUACAGAUUUUGAGAGGCCUGUUGAUUUAGCUGCUCCAAGCAGUUUAGUGGAGAGACUGCUGCUCCUCCAUGAAGCCACACCAUCUUCUCUUUGUCAGCUCUGCCGACUACGUAUCCGAAAUUACAUAGGAAGAGCUAGACUGCAUCUUGUCCCACAACUCCAGUUGCCAACAAUACUGAAGAAUUUCUUACAGUAUAGAUAACAUAGUCAUUAACCUUUAGAAUCUUGAAUAACAAGUACUUUUUCUUUUUUCUGUUUAUUGUACGUUUUAUCUAAAGAACUGCUGGGCGGAAAAAAAGCCUUUUGCAUAUUACUUAAAAAAAAUAUAUAUCUUUGACACCUGGUGUUGGUAUGUAAUAAUAAUUGGGAGCCAUUCAGCAACUGGUACCAAGGUGCUAAUAAGGCUGAAUUGAAUAAGUGUGCUGAUACUCUGGGAAAUGAUUGUGUAGCUUUAGCUUAACACUUACUAAAUAGCUUUAGUGCUGUUAAUUUUAAUUGUGUUUAUACUUUUAAAAUCUGUUUGACACACCUGAACCACAAAGAGUUUCUUCAUUAUUAUUUCUUAAGUUUGUCCACUUGGAGUCAUUAUUUUAUGUGUUUUUAAAUUUCUAUUGCUUGUGUACCUAAAAAUACUUGGUGAUAGGUGCACUAUAUACAGUGAUAAAAAUAAAACAAAUAGAUGUCAA